AUGGCCUCUUCAUCGAAUUCCCCACAGAGAAUUCCCCGCCUCAGUCGAACGACCGACGCACUCACCUCUGCACAGCGGUGGCAAGCGGUAGUCAAGCGGGACGCAACGAUUGACAGCUUUGUGUACGCCGUCCUAACGACAAAGAUCUACUGUCGCCCUUCAUGUUCAGCGCGACUGGCCCGACGCGCGAACAUCCGGUUCUACGAUACCCCGCCAGAGGCCGAGAAAGCAGGGUUCCGGCCCUGUAAGCGCUGCCGGCCACAGUCGGGUCAAACGGCGGCACAAAACAACCCCCAAACGGCGAUGGUCUACCGGGCCUGUGAGCAGAUACGCGAGGAGCUAGCGGCAGGGCUGAAACCGCGGCUGCAGGACCUGGCGGUUCGGGCUGGCCUGACACCGAGCCACUUCCAUCGCGUGUUUAAGAAACAUACCGGCGUCACGCCUGGCCAGUAUGCGAGUGGUCUCGUUGAGAGUGCCAUGCGGCCUUCGUCCGACUCCUUGACGCCUGAUACCUUGUUUGAGCUUGGGACGCCACCGGCGCCUUAUGGGUCUAUCGAAGGGAGUGGAGAUGAAGGUCUGAAUUUAGAUACGGGAGGGCGUCAGUUUGCGCCGUUGGCCAGUUUGUCGGCGACUGAGAGGGAAGGUUGCACCCUUUCUUCAAUUAGCAAGGACCCGGACGAAAGUGGGUGGAAUGAAUUUGAUUUCUUGUUGGCCGCCGAGGGGCGGACGUCGCCGAAUCCUCUAUUUAUUGAUCCCCACAUGCUCUCAGCAUGA